CAGAAAAAGUCGUAGAAGAUAUAGACUGGUAAUUUUGAGUUUGAUGUUUGCUUAGUCUAGCAGGAUUGUUAGUCCUUCAAAUACGUAUUUAUUUGCCUAAUCAUAAUUAAAUACAUUUAUAUAAAACAACAUAUUUCGUAAUUUUAUGCAGUUUGCUCCGCUACUUAUUGUGAUUGGAUGUGUUGAAUAUGAGACGGUUUUAGAAACAGCGAAAUCUCUCUCUCUCUCCUCCUACUGCGCAUGAGGAAAACCAAGGUCGCUCUUUGUACACGGCUUCUAUUUUGAUGCAAAGCCGAUGCAGGAAGUUGGAGUAGUGGGGUCGGAGCUUGAUAGGCAGUCCUGGAUGCGAGGAGCCAUGGAAGCAAACGGGAAUGGCAUGCCGGAAGACUAUGUACAUGACUUUGAUCUAGACCAUCUGGAAGAAGUGGUCAAGAGGGAGAUAGAAGCCCGCAACAAGUUCGGUGUCUCCGAGGUUACGCCUGUAUCCACAGAGUCUAUUCCGCUAGUAGCUGCGAUACCACUCAACUCGGAGCAGCAUUUAACAGUGUAUAAUGGCAUGUCAAACUUGGUACCGGCUCCAAGAAAAUACAUAGCUGAAACUGUCAGUGCCCCUGGAAAUGUCAUGGAAAAUCCGCCUUCUCCGACUUUCGUGGCAAUGCCGACUUCAACCUUAGCUACUCCAACUUUGCCCCCCGUCACAAUGGAUCCUAAGACACCCAAUUUUGUGGACGAUAACAUGAUGUGGUUCACUCAAACCCUUCGGUACGGAGGAAUGCCCCCACAGAAACCUCUGGAUCUGCGGCCGCACAGUGCAACGGACCUGGACAAUUGGCUCGAUAGAAGAGAUUUUACCGAUGUAUCGUCGACUACUAUACAUCAGGAUCCCACACCUCUCCCUCGUUUCCUGGGGAGAUGUUCUAAUCAAAUCUCCUGCUCUCCAGUUUAUCAGUUGGACGGGGGAAGUAAUUCAGGUGGAUGCCUCUCUUCGGAUCAAGAACAGUCAUCAUGGCACGCCAUGAAUGACGAAGUACUGACCAGCCUGACCGUUCGAGAACUGAACAAGCGACUUCACGGCUAUCCAAGGGAGGACGUUGUAAGACUCAAGCAAAAAAGACGAACCUUAAAAAACCGGGGUUACGCUCAAAAUUGUCGAAAUAAACGGUUAGCUCAAAGACACGAGCUAGAGGCCAAAAACAGAUUACUUCAAGCCGAGAUGAGCCGGCUCCGUCUGGAGCUGGAGAGAGUAUGUCAAGAAAGAGAUUUGUACAAGCAGCAAGUUAGCGGUAACAGGAAUCACGACUGUUCCCAGAGGUCACUGUCCAGUGUGUCCAGUGGUGCAACUAGCAAUCCCAGUUCUCCCGAGUUUUAUUUAUGACUCAAGCAUCACAUGUAACAUUCUUUAAUAGGAACUAUCACUGGGUUUUUAAACCCCCCACCGGUUAUUGGAGAUAAUUAUCAUCAUCUUCAAGUUAUAUUCGUGGUUUUAAUACUGUUGUACUUGCAACUGCUUGGAAUAUCUAAUCAGCGCGAAAAGGUACUAGCAGCAACUUCAUGAAACAAAGAGCUGGUGAUGUGUAUGUGAAGGAACAGAAGUGUAAGUAAACUACUGCUUAGCGAAUGAAGAAACGUAGGAAUGAAUUUUUCUGCUUUAGUUAAAAGAGGCUUUUUAAGAAUGCUUCAAAGAAUAAGACACUUAUUUAUAUGAGAACAUUUUAAGAAAAAUGUAAAUGGAAAAUAGAUGAUUCACUCGUAUAAACAUAAUAGGUAAGCAAAGUUUUGUUUUUUACGCGCUCAUUAUUUAGAAAAGAUGGAAUCAUAAUUUUCAAACCUUACUAGAUAGUCUUCUGACUAACAAACGUUAUUCUGUAACUGCGAGUACGGUGUUACGCUUACAUGGUUAUGUAAAUGAAAUUACCUGAAGCCUCUCAUUGUAAGAUAUUAAUACGAUUAUUGAAAGGUUUCGCCUUUCAUGUGAUGCAAGUAAAUUGAAUUUGUAUGUGUAAUAAUAUGUAGCCCUGUUAUAGUUAGUUUUAAUUUGGAGUAAUGCAUAACCUCUCAAGAUCAGUAAGACUGUUUUGUAAGUGACUCCUAGCGAACGGAUUACUGUUGUUUUAUGUAAAGGUAUUCGGAUGAUGAAUAUACUAUUCAAAAAAUAGUAGUUUUAGCUUAGUGUAUGUCUAUACUAACAAUAAUGCAUUUGUGUUAAACACAGUGUAAAAUACUCACACCUUUUCACUGUAUGUAGGAAGUAGACGAUCAGAGAAAUCUUCAAAGGAAAACGUUGAGUGUAAUUAUAAAGAAGAAGAAGACGGUUGACAAAACACAAAACAUUUUAUUUACAAGGUUCGAACGUUUCCAAUUACAUAUAAUCCAUCUUGAGUGAAAUGUGAAAAUAGUGUUACAAAGAUAUUUAUUAAUUAAUGCUAUAGUAUCAUUAAUCACUAGUUCACUUAGAUAAAGUGGUAAACGGAAGGAAAAACAAAUAUAUUACGAAACAGUUGAGCUUUAACUGUGUAAAUGUUUUAUCAACCGUCUUCAUCUUCAUUGUUAAAAAACGUCAAGUAUUUGAUGUUUCACUAUCAGUUUGCUACUUUAAAAAUCAAAGGGGUUUUGUACCAGGAGUUAUUCUACAGUUCAUAAUACGAAUCUUUUCUGACUAGUAGAAAGAUACCUCGUCUUUUAUCAAAAUUACUUAAAUACAUUCCUCGUCCAUGACAAAAAUUAUGAAACUUUACAAGAAUUUAUAUGCAUUUAUCCCACAUUUUGAUCGAAUGGGUAUCCAGAUAAUUGAUGUAUAACAUAAAGGUGUUCAUGGUAAUAUAUAUACUGAAUAAGUUUAGUACCACUGUUUUGGCUGAUUUAUUGUAUCAAUCAUUACCAUGGUAGCCAGACUGUGUGAAGUUAAUAAAUACUGAGUAAAACAUUUUUCCACUGUGUUUCGUUGGAUGUUAUUUGCUAUACAUUUGUACUCCUGUAAGAUUUUCCUGCUUCUUUGUUUUAAAGAAAAUCUGGGUCCACGUAAAAAGCUAUGUUCAUAUAUAUAUAUAUAUCGUUAGUCAUUUAUGCAGUCCACUAAUUCGAACUCCAACCUAGGAUAUUAAUUUCGUCUUCGUUUUUUUCUGUCCAUUCUUACUGUUUGUUUGUAAUAAAUAAACUCGAAAGCAAUUUCAACAUUUUUUUCUCCAGUUGUUAAUAAUAGAUAUUGGACGACCUUUUAUUCUUUAAA